ACCCUCCCGGGGAAGCCUGGAGAAGCGGGUUAGUGCGGUCGGAGUGUGGAGUGUGGAGACAAAAUAUUUCAGGUUUGACGUGUUUUGCCCUGGCACGAGAAAGAAGAUGGUGGUUGCCAAUUGCAAAGUUUUGAAACAGGUUGGUUGGGCCUUCCACACUUGCCUGCGUUUAUUAUGUAGCUGCAAAGCAGCCUUCGGUUCUGUGAUCUUGCAAUCCUGGAAGUCUAGACCAGCUUUGUGCAGCCGCACCGUGUCGUUCCUUCCUCUUGGCGCCCCGUCCCUUUUCUCUUUCCCUUCUCCUCCCCCGUUGAUACUGCGGAGCCAACGUCGCAGUCCUCCAGAAAACUGGUUGCGGAGAAGAGGAGAAGGUGGGUCUUCACUCCGCGCUUUCAAUGCAACACUCCGGCGCCAUCAUCAGGCAAAUUGCCGAGCAAACGGCAGCUUGCCCGUCCACAUUCACCCGGGCAUGGAUCCUGCCAUAGUAAGCGCACCUAUCACGUCCCCAGCACUCUCACGGACCGGGCAUCCUCCACUGGAUCACCAUUCCGCCGUUACACGCCGUAUUGAUGGUGAUUGGCGGAUUCAGCCUUCCAAGCUCUGGCAGGGAUGGGAACGUGAAGCUUGGAAGCUCCCUGGGAACUGGGGUGCUCUCUCGCAAUGUCACCUUAUCGUGAUGAUCCCAUGGUCGCGAAGUACCAGCUGCAUCAUUCAGUCUCGCGUCCAAACGAAAUAAAUAAAAUGGCCGGCCUCCUCGACCUCUUGGGGUGCGAGAGCCCUGCUUCAACCCUUCUCGGUCACAGCCCUUUGCCUACUGGCGCCGUGACUUGAUAGUCCUGUCACUGGUCGCUUCUGUAACUCAUCCAGCCCUCUACGAAUACACAU